AACAACUCAACAGCUGAUGUAAAGAUGGCGACUCUGUGCUCAGAAGUGACGGCUAAUCUGGCCUCGAAAGACUCCGGGAAUGAAAUUCAUGCUAUUUUACGGCGGUGCAGGGGUCGACCCAGGUUAUCGGACACAGACCGGGCUCGAAGACGACUCGAAUCCCGGAAAAAGUACGAUGUACGGAGAGUCUACCUCGGAGAAUCGCACAAGGUCUGGAGCGACCUGCGGCAGAAAAGCUGCAUGAGCGACGCCGGACUCGCCGAGUAUUUAAUCCUGCUGAACUCGGCUUAUGGAGAAAAAUACCAGCAGAAAUACUGCCUAAAGAACUUUCCAGAACUGUGCGGAAAUCAGAAAAAAGGGAAGAAAGUGGCUGCCACAAGCUUGCACAGCUUGGUGAGCUGGUAUCAGCAGCACCUCCAAAUGUGCGCUCAUGAGCCUGAGCUGCGGUCUGUGGAGCCAACGCUAGGCCUGUCCACUACUGUGCUCUGGCAAUGUGAUGCUGAACAUUCAUUCAUACAGCACAUUUCAUGGCCUGUGGGAGGCAGUAGCGAGUCUGACGAGGACAACAGUGGUGAGCCAGAGCCAGAGAAAAAGACAACUGUCCAGACAACAGCAACAGCUGUGAGCAACCAAAGGACAUUGGCAGAUACAGAAGAUGAGUUGGAGAGUGCCACAGCAGAAGUUUCUAAAGCGGCUGAACAGGUGUCUCCUACGGCUUUAAGUCAUCUCCCAGAAUCCCACAGUGAAACUGUUACAUCCUCAACCCCCCUGGGAGACCGGGUCUCAUGGGAAACAGAGACAGAACAAGAACGGGAGCUGGCCGUGGCUGACCGUGAAAAUAAAGUGAGAGAUGAUUUUCCUUUGGUUGAGGCGAGUGAAUCAAAGGCUGAAGUUUUAGGAGGUCAUGAUCCUGGGACAGAUGGUUAUGAAUGUGUGGUAGUCACGGCAGCUUUGAUGGAAAACCUGCAUGAACCAGAUGGAGCCAAUCAUUUGAUGGGGAGCAUUGAAGAGAACAGAGUACGACCAAUCUCGGGAGGUAUGACCCACACGCCCACAGCAGCCACUCCAGUACAAGCAGAGCUCUAUGAAACCCAGGCACUGCAGAGCAUGGUGGGCAGCUGUGAGCUCCCAGACCAGCAUGCUACACUGCAGGGCUCACAGCUGAUCAUAAUCACAGGAUCAGGUUAUGAAGCGAUGACAUCUGAAGGCAUUCAUCUAAACGUGGGUGGCGGAGAUGUGGAGGGGGUUACGUGCACAGUGAUAGAGGGGAUGUCUUAUCAUCAGAUGUGCCAAUCAGAAGCAAUUGUCCAGAACAGCAUCUCUCAUACAGAUACCAUGACUGACCUGAAUGAGAAGCAGCUGAUGGAGCCGAGUGAAGAAUCGCACAGUCAGAAAGAUAUUCAGUGCUCUCUCAGCAGGUCUAAGAGAAAUCGUCAGGGUCCAGUUAUUGAGGCAGAUGGUAUGCUGAAAAUGUUCCACUGUCCAUAUGAGGGCUGCAGCCAGGUGUACGUGGCCCUCAGCAGCUACCAGAAUCAUGUGAACCUGGUACACAGGAAGGGCAGGACAAAAGUGUGUCCACAUCCCGGCUGUGGGAAGAAGUUUUACCUGUCUAACCAUCUGCAUCGCCAUAUGAUUAUUCACUCGGGUGUGCGAGACUUCAUCUGUGAGACGUGUGGCAAGUCUUUCAAACGCAAGAACCAUUUAGAGGUGCACAGGCGCACUCACACAGGAGAGACGCCAUUACAGUGCGAGAUCUGUGGUUAUCAGUGUCGGCAGCGGGCUUCUCUCAACUGGCACAUGAAGAAGCACACGUCUGAGGCACACUUCAAUUACACCUGUGAACACUGUGGCAAACGCUUUGAGAAACUCGACAGUGUCAAGUUCCACAAGCUCAAAAGCCACCCUGACCGACAGACCACUUGAGUGUGUGUAGAGAGGAGGCAAGAUGGAUAUAUUUAUAUUAAAAAAAAAAAAAGGGCUUGUGUCAACACCAGUUUUAUCUAGGCUAGUGACUGGUGCGCAGAGUGUAUUGUUUGUGAACUGGGCGCUGGAUAAGUGCACAAUGGGAGGAGAUGAUGAAAUGAAGCAUGAUGGAAAGGCCUAAAAAUGAUAGUGGUUUAAAGAGGCCAAUAGCAGUAGAAGUUAAACCUGUGUGCACACUCAGUUAAGACAUAAUGUUUCUGUGCUGGUCACAGUUUUCAUUCACCAGCUUAUGGUGUUGCAUGGUUCUUAAAUGUCUUUGUGAAUUAUUGUUUACAAAGCGUUUUAUAUGUUCACAUUCUACUCUAUAUCUUCAUCUUAAGCUUUAUAAAAUGUGUAAACGUUUUGUGUCAAACAUUUUUAUGAUAAAUAUCUUUUGAGGGGAAUUGAAAUGAGGGUGUGGAAAGUAAGACUACAAAAUUUAUGCUGAAUUAUUUUAUUGUUCAACGUGUAACAGGCAAAUAUAUUUUCCACCAUUUAAAAAAAAAAAAAAAAAAAAGAGCCGGUUAUAUUCCACUACAAAUAUGUCUAGCCAGGUGUGCUCCUGCUUUGCUUCUAGUGUUCCUGUGCUAGGCUCCAGAAAUACCACAGCCCUGACCAGGAUAAGGUAGACGAAUGACUGUUUCAAUAUGUAUAUGGAAGGUUAUUGCAACACCAGCUUAUCAAUAGCAAAAGAGUAGGAACCUAAAGGAUUCACUGUUUUUUUUUUUUUUUUUUCACAUUUGUGUGUUUAUGGAAUCUGGUUUAACUACAUAAGUACAACAGAUUGGUUUUAUUUUAAAGUGUACAGAAGCUUUUCAGCUGUUUAAGGCUGAAAUACAGGGUUAGUCAAAAUUAUGUUAACGCUAAUGGAUUAUUUUUCUCCUGCAGAUAGACGUACGCCAUGGGUGACGGAUUAAAUGGUACUGUUGCUCGCGGGUUUUUGUGUGUUGAACACGAUGGUGAACAGGUUGAGACCGUCCUGUAAAUCAUCUUGCACAUAUGAUGCAUGUUUUGUGAAUAAAUGGUUUCUACCGUUUAAGUGUUUAACAUAAUUUUGACUAACCCUGUAUUUAAAAUAAAUGCAAAUAUAUUCUCAGCUUUGGAAAUGUUCAGUUUUUAAUAACCCUUAGUCUUUAGGAACUUUGACAGAAGAGAUUGCUUGUUGACCUCCACAUGUUAGGUCAUAGAUGUAAAAAUACUUAACGGUUAUUGGGAGGGCAACUGAAAUCGUCUUGUAUUCAAACGAGACCAAAAUUAAGCUUUUUGGUCAUGAACACCAUCAGUGUAGACACUGUAAAUGUCAUGGAUCUAGGGGUUGUUUGAAAAUUCCAUUAAAUACAGUAAUAUUUGUGAUUUCAUAACCUGGCUACCUCUACCACGCAGUUAAAGCCUGGCUUUAUAAGCGUCUUUAAGCUAGAUAAUGAGCCCUAUCAAGUCCAAAUUUUCCAGGAACACCAUGAUCUGCAGUGUUGACCUCAGUCUCUGAGAACGUUCCAUGUGUAAACUGAAGAAUGUAAAGACUUUGAAGUCUUCUGAAUGGAGGAUCUGAAAUCCAUUUACAAAUGUCUUCAGUCUUGUUCACCAAAUACAGGAAGAGGCUCAGAGCUGUUAUUCUUUCUAGGAAAGGUUUUCUGGAAUAUUAAUUUGUGAAGGUUAAAAUAAUUUGGAAACCAUUGUUUUGCAGAAUAAGUUGCACUACUCUUCUCCCCCCCCCCUUUUUUUAAAUCACACAGUAUAUCCUGUAUGUUUCAACUCCAUGUCACUAAUUACAUGUUCAUUUCAUAGUCGUUAUUCUUUAUAGGUGCCAAUAAUUGCAUAACAGUCAAACUACUUGUAGCUAUGCUAUUGAACUUUUUAUUUCUUGAAUCACAGACGUGACACACAGCUGAGUAAAUUGUGGGAAUAUGUAGGACUUUUACUACAAUACUGACUAACAGUGAAUGAAAGGAUGAAUCAGUUAGUGAGAUUGCAUUUGUUUUAUCAUAAUUGGUCUUGUUCUUUUCUGAAACUUAUUUAUUAAUAUGCUUUUUUUACAGAAUGGAUUUUUACAUCUGUUAUUCAAUAUGUUUAUAAGCAGAUUUAUUCAUUCAGUGUAUGCUGGCAUUUAUUACUUCUAGUUUCUGGAUAAAAGUUGUGGGUUUUUUCCCCCCUCCCUCAGUCUGUCUUCUCAUUUUGAAUGAAACUAUUUUUGCAGUGGUACCUUAUUACGUUACACUCCUAGAUACACUGAGAAGAGCAAAAGUGUGUUUGAAGCCUCAUGCUUUUGUCAGUCAUUCGUUAACUGUAAAUACUAUAAUUCGUAGCCAUUUAAGUGUUGAUCUAUUUGCAUAUAAUGUUUACAGCCUAUUCUUAUUGUUCUCCAAUCUGAAAGCAGCAAGUGCUUCAAAUGCUGUCUCUUAUUUACCUGCUUAAUGUCCCAAAAUAGAACUGCAUUGUUGAUCUGACAAGAAAGUGUCUGUAUUACAGUACUUCAGUUCUCAGGGGAAACAGUCAUCAACUGUUAUCUUUCUUACUCCUUUAUCUAAAGCCUUUAGCUUUUCAGAUCCAACUUUUUUUAAUUUCUGCUAUGUCGAAGCACUUUGAGGUGACAAUCGUUGUGUUUAAAGGCCAAAUGAGGAAUAACAGUUCAGCACUGUAAUUCUGGUGUUUCUCUUCAGUAAGUUUCAUGAUAGCAGUCUUAUUGUUUUGAAGUUGGAUGGAAAGUAUUACUGUUUAAAUUAUUGAGCAAAUUAUUCUUGGCGGGGGGGGAAUGACUAUCCCCUUUUCUAUGACAUGACAUUCUGCUGGUGCUUUGUGAAAAUAAGGCCCUUUUUGAACUGCAUUAAUCCUGAUCUUCUGUCCUGAAAUGCACAUAAACUCAGAGCUUGAAUAUUUGUUGCACCAAAUACAGCAUUUACUCAGACCGUGCAUGGGUGUGCAAAUUAUUAUACAAAAGAAUUUGCAUAAAUUCAAACGUGUGACAAGUGUUGAAAGUUAAAGGACUAGCAGAGCAUUAUUCCUUUGUUAAUUUCAUAACAUUUCUCAGGGAUUUGAACUUUGAGUUGUUUUUGGGUUUUUUUUUGAAUAUCAAA